AAGGGGUUGUGGCGGAGGGGUACGAACCGCACAUCCAAGGCAGCUCUGAGGAAAACAGAAAAAUCCUCAAAUCGAGAAACGUUUGCGUAGUCAUCACUUACUGUAUAUCAGUGCGGUACUGAGGGACAGCCCAGUAUCCUUGCACGGAGCGAGAAGGGGCUGUUUCCUCACAGGACUCAGUAGUAGUUGAAGUGGACUAGUUUUCUCGGCGGAGGUGCGGAGUUUUUGAUUCAGGACUGGCGUAGAGGGGCUACUGAAUGGGAGCAGUCACUGGAUUCGUGUGAUACCAACGCAAGCCACCCAGAUUACCUUCUACUGCCCAUCCUAUUUGACUUUUGGGGACGUUUAGGGCACAAACAGAGCAAGACCACCUCUUUUCCUCCUGCUGUCCCCUUCCCCUCUCCUUCCUCGCGGAUUCUUCAGAGAGAGAAAUCCUGCAGAAAUGGCUCAGAUACUGCCGAUACGAUUUCAGGAACAUCUGCAGUUGCAGAACAUGGGAGUGAACCCGGCUAACAUCGGGUUCAGCUAUCUCACCAUGGAGUCCGACAAGUUCAUCUGCAUCAGAGAGAAGGUGGGAGAGCAGAACCAGGUGGUGAUCGUGGACAUGUCCGACCCCACCAACCCGAUCAGGAGGCCGAUCUCAGCCGACAGCGCCAUCAUGAACCCCGCCAGUAAAGUCAUAGCCCUGAAAGACGCCGCAAAGACGCUGCAGAUCUUCAACAUUGAGAUGAAGAGCAAGAUGAAGGCUCACACGAUGACAGAGGAGGUCAUGUUCUGGAAGUGGAUAUCGGUAAACACUGUUGCCUUGGUGACAGACACGGCCGUCUUUCACUGGAGCAUGGAGGGGGACUCCCAACCAACCAAAGUAUUCGAUCGGCACGCCAGUCUGGCCGGAUGUCAGAUCAUCAACUACAGAACUGACGAACAACAGAAGUGGCUGCUGCUGAUUGGGAUUUCUGCACAGCAAAACCGUGUGGUCGGGGCGAUGCAGCUGUACUCUGUUGACAGGAAAGUGUCCCAGCCCAUCGAGGGUCACGCUGCCGCCUUUGGGGAGUUCAAAGUGGAGGGAAAUGCCAAACCGUCUACUCUCUUCUGCUUUGCUGUGCGCUCACAGGCGGGGGGAAAGUUGCACAUCAUUGAAGUUGGCCAGCCAGCUUCAGGAAACCAGCCGUUUGCAAAGAAAGCAGUGGAUGUGUUCUUCCCUCCUGAGGCGCAGACAGACUUUCCUGUUGCUAUGCAGAUCGGUAACAAGCACGGCGUCAUAUAUCUGAUCACAAAGUACGGUUACAUUCACCUGUACGACCUGGAGUCUGGAGUGUGCAUCUACAUGAACCGAAUCAGUGCUGAGACCAUCUUUGUGACAGCUCCUCAUGAGGCCACUUCGGGAAUUAUUGGGGUAAACAAGAAGGGGCAGGUGUUGUCAGUGUGUGUUGAAGAGGAAAACAUUGUCAACUACGCCACCAACGUCCUGCAGAACCCUGAUCUAGCCUUGAGGAUGGCUGUGAGGUCAAACCUGGCGGGGGCUGAGGAGAUUUUUGCCAGAAAGUUCAACACACUGUUUUCCCAGGGAAGUUACUCAGAGUCUGCAAAAGUUGCUGCAUCAGCCCCAAAGGGUAUCCUGCGGACAGCAGAGACCAUCCGGAAGUUUCAGAGUGUCCCUGCUCAACCAGGCCAGGCCUCUCCUCUGUUGCAGUACUUUGGUAUCCUACUUGACCAGGGCCAGCUCAACAAGUUUGAGUCUCUGGAGCUGUGCAGGCCGGUCCUACAGCAGGGCCGAAAGCAGCUGCUGGAGAAAUGGCUGAAGGAGGACAAGCUGGAGUGCUCAGAAGAGCUGGGAGACCUGGUGAAGUCUACUGACCCGACCCUCGCUCUUAGCGUGUACCUCAGAGCUAACGUCCCCAACAAAGUCAUCCAGUGCUUUGCUGAGACCGGACAGUUUCAGAAGAUCGUGCUGUAUGCUAAAAAGGUGGGAUACACCCCAGACUGGGUGUUUUUGCUGAGAAAUGUAAUGCGGGUCAAUCCAGACCAGGGACUCCAGUUUGCCCAGAUGCUGGUACAGGACGAGGAGCCGCUGGCCAACAUCAACCAGAUUGUAGAUGUCUUCAUGGAGGGCAGCCUGAUCCAGCAGUGCACAUCCUUCCUGUUGGACGCUUUAAAGAACAACCGUCCGGCUGAAGGGCACCUACAGACACGCCUGCUGGAGAUGAAUCUCAUUCACGCCCCUCAGGUAGCAGAUGCCAUCCUGGGGAACCAGAUGUUCACGCACUAUGAUCGUCCCCACGUUGCUCAGCUGUGCGAGAAAGCGGGGCUGCUGCAGAGAGCCCUUGAACACUACACUGACCUGUAUGACAUCAAACGAGCCGUGGUGCACACACAUCUGCUCAACCCAGAGUGGUUGGUGAACUUCUUUGGCUCUUUAUCAGUGGAAGACUCACUGGAGUGUUUAAGAGCCAUGUUGUCAGCUAACAUCAGGCAAAACCUGCAGCUAUGUGUCCAGGUAGCAUCAAAGUAUCACGAGCAGCUGGGGACUCAGUCAUUAGUGGAGCUCUUUGAAUCCUUCAAGAGUUAUGAAGGUUUGUUCUACUUCCUCGGGUCCAUUGUGAAUUUCAGCCAAGAGCCAGAUGUCCACUUUAAGUACAUCCAGGCGGCCUGUAAAACGGGUCAAAUCAAAGAGGUGGAGAGGAUCUGUAGAGAAAGCAACUGUUACGACCCCGAGAGAGUUAAAAACUUCCUUAAGGAGGCAAAGCUAACAGACCAGCUUCCUCUCAUCAUUGUAUGUGACCGCUUUGACUUUGUCCACGACCUGGUCCUCUACCUCUACCGCAACAAUCUACAGAAGUACAUCGAAAUCUACGUUCAGAAAGUGAACCCCAGUCGUUUACCUGUGGUGAUAGGAGGUCUGUUGGAUGUAGACUGCUCUGAGGACGUCAUCAAAAACCUCAUCAUGGUGGUCAGAGGGCAGUUUUCUACUGAUGAGCUUGUGGAGGAGGUGGAGAAGAGAAACAGGUUAAAACUUCUCUUGCCCUGGCUCGAGUCCCGUAUCCACGAAGGAUGUGAGGAGCCGGCCACCCACAAUGCCCUGGCUAAGAUCUACAUUGACAGCAACAACACCCCUGAGCGCUUCCUGAAGGAGAACCCGUUCUAUGAUAGUGCUGUGGUGGGGAAAUACUGUGAGAAGAGAGACCCCCACCUGGCCUGCGUGGCGUAUGAGAGAGGACAGUGUGACCUGGAGCUCAUCAAAGUUUGCAAUGAGAACUCGUUAUUCAAGAGUGAGGCUCGAUAUCUGGUGCGACGGAAAGAUCCAGAGCUUUGGGCAAAUGUGCUGGAAGAAAAUAACCCUUUCAAAAGACAACUCAUCGACCAGGUGGUGCAGACUGCUCUGCCAGAGACUCAGGAUCCAGAGGAGGUGUCCGUCUCAGUCAAAGCCUUCAUGACUGCUGACCUACCCAAUGAGCUGAUUGAACUGCUGGAGAAGAUUGUGCUUGAUAACUCAGUCUUCAGCGAGCACAGAAACCUCCAGAACCUGCUCAUUUUGACCGCCAUCAAGGCAGACCGCACGCGUGUGAUGGAGUACAUCAACAGACUAGAUAACUAUGACGCUCCAGACAUCGCUAAUAUCGCCAUCAGCAAUGAGCUUUUUGAAGAAGCUUUCGCCAUAUUCAAAAAGUUUGACGUCAACACUUCAGCCAUACAGGUUUUGAUUGAGCACAUAGGGAACCUGGACCGUGCUUAUGAGUUUGCAGAGCGCUGUAAUGAGCCUGCAGUGUGGAGCCAGUUAGCUAGAGCUCAGCUGCAGAGAGACCUGGUGAAGGAGGCCAUCGACUCGUACAUUAAAGCCGUUGACCCCUCAGCAUACAUGGAGGUGGUCAACGCAGCCAGCAAGAACAAUAACUGGGAGGACUUGGUAAAAUUCCUUCAGAUGGCCCGAAAAAAAGCACGAGAGUCGUACGUCGAGACGGAGCUGAUCUUCGCUUUGGCAAAAACCAACCGUCUGGCUGAGCUGGAGGAGUUUGUCAGUGGGCCCAACAAUGCUCACAUUCAGCAGGUGGGAGAUAGAUGUUAUGAGGAGGGAAUGUAUGACGCUGCAAAGCUCUUGUACAACAAUGUGUCCAACUUUGCGCGUCUUGCUUCGACACUUGUCCACCUGGGAGAGUACCAGGCAGCCGUGGACAGUGCCAGGAAAGCAAACAGCACACGAACAUGGAAGGAGGUGUGUUUUGCAUGUGUGGAUGGGGAGGAGUUCCGGCUGGCACAGAUCUGUGGCCUUCACAUAGUGAUCCACGCUGAUGAGCUGGAGGACCUGAUUAGCUACUAUCAGGACCGUGGGUACUUUGAGGAGCUCAUCGCUCUGCUGGAGGCCGCUCUGGGUCUGGAGCGUGCUCACAUGGGCAUGUUCACUGAGCUCGCCAUCCUCUACUCUAAAUUCAAACCUCAGAAGAUGAGGGAGCACCUGGAGCUCUUCUGGUCCAGAGUCAACAUCCCAAAGGUCCUCCGUGCUGCAGAGCAGUCUCAUCUAUGGGCUGAGCUUGUUUUCCUUUACGAUAAAUACGAGGAGUUCGACAACGCCGUCCUCACAAUGAUAUCUCAUCCUACAGAUGCGUGGAAAGAAGGCCCGUUCAAAGACAUCAUUGCUAAGGUUGCUAAUGUGGAGCUGUACUAUAAAUCUCUUACCUUUUACCUGGAAUUCAAACCUCUGUUACUGAACGACCUGCUGACCAUUCUGUCCCCACGUCUGGACCACAGCCGAGCUGUCAACUUUUUCAGCAAGAUGAACCAACUUCAGUUAGUCAAGCCUUACCUGAGGUCUGUCCAGAGUCACAACAACAAGCCAGUCAACGAAGCUCUCAACAACCUGCUGACAGAGGAGGAAGACUUCCAGGGCCUGAGAGCGUCCAUUGAUGCUUAUGAUAACUUUGACACGAUUGGCCUGGCUCAGAGAUUGGAGAAACAUGAACUGAUUGAGUUCAGACGUAUUGCUGCUUACCUGUACAAAGGUAACAACCGCUGGAGACAGAGUGUGGAGCUCUGUAAGAAGGACAAGCUCUACAAGGAUGCCAUGCUUUACGCAGCAGAGUCUAAGGAUGCAGAGCUGGCAGAGACUCUGCUGCAGUGGUUCCUGGAGGAGGGCAGGAAGGAAUGCUUUGCUGCCUGUUUGUUUGCCUCCUAUGACCUGCUGCAUCCUGAUGUGGUGCUGGAGCUGGCCUGGAGGCACAACAUCAUGGACUUUGCCAUGCCGUACUUCAUCCAGGUCAUGAGAGAGUACCUCUCAAAGGUGGACAAACUAGAGGACGCAGAAAGCCAAAGGAAAACUGAAGAGGAGGUGACGGAGCCUCAGCCGAUGGUGUUUGGCCAGCAGCUGAUGUUGACAUCCUCUGCUGCUCCAGUGGCUCCACAGCCAGCGUACCCAGGUUAUGGAUACCCCCCAGCCCCAGCUGCAGCUGCAGGUUACCCCGCUCAACCUGCAGCACCCCCUGUAGGCUACCCGACCCAGCCUGUUGCUGCUGCAGGCUUCCCUGCUCAGCCUGCCGCGUACGGCUUCAACAUGUAGAGACCUGACCCCAAACCCUCCCACCCUGCUCCCCUGUUUCUCCUAUACACACUCACACACCUCUAACCCGAACCACACUGAACUCUGCUGCUCUUGGUCUCAGUUCACCAGCUGAUGGUGACUGGGCCUUUCCCCCACAAGACUCAACAGCAUUCACCAACACUGCAAUAGAAUCCAUCCAUCUCGACUUUGUCGAACACACACACUUUGGGAUGGCAUCCAGGCUGUUGGACCCUCCCUCCUCUCCUCUCUUUUCCUCUUGGACGUUACAACUGCAUCACCAAUCUACACAGCAUGAAGUCGCCUCUCAGCUCCUAGAGGAAUUUAAAAAAGGAAUAUAACAUUAGUGACACCAAACCACUCUGUCCUGUUCUAGCUGUUCCAUGUAGACUUUAUAAACCAUAGAGCAGCUUUUUUCUUUAAUUUUCCUUCCAUGGGAAUUCAGCACUGAUGAGAAAGAGACUUUGAUACUGAGGAGUCAUGGGGCAUUUUUGUCUGUCUGACUCCUAAAGCACUGCUACGGCCUUAUACACUCUAAAGGAGGAGGCAAAAUAACAGGCUCAUUUGUUCAUGUUACUUUCACAUCUGUCUCACACUGAUUAGAGAGACAGGUACAGUGCAAUAGAUCUGUUUGUCCUCUCACUACAGGUACAAAGUGUUUGCUGAACAAGGACUUUGAACACUUGUUCAAAGUAUGAGGUUACUGUACUGUGUGUGUGUGUGUGUGUGUGUGUGUGUGUGUGUGUGUGUGUGUGUGUGUGUGUGUGUGUGUGUGUGUGUGUGUGUGUGUGUGUGUGCGUGCGCGUGCGCGUGCGUGUGCGUGCGCGUGCGUGUGCGUGUGCGUGUGUGUGUGCCUGUUUGUAGCCUCUAAAGCCUUCGAGGGAUUUGUCACCAAACAAAGAGACACUCAAUGAAAUGUCCACUCCAUUGCAGCUGCAAAACUUAUCAGACUCUGAUAUGAGACUUCAGGAUGUUUGUGACAAAAGGAAGAAAGGAGUUGGAAUAAUGAAAAAAAAAAUGCUAUAUGCUGUAGUCUGUGCAUGUGCUGCCAAACUAUAAAGCUGCAACCAGGAGCACAAUUUCCAUGUUACACUCAAGUAUAUCAAGUAUUACUAAUGUUGUGUCAAAAACAAAGUGAUGUUUGAUGAAAGUCUCUCACCCGACUAACAGAAAACUCCAACUGACUUGGGGGGAUCGAAAAGGCCGGGGAACAUUAGCUCUCAUCCUGGUGGUUAAAAAAAAAAACCUUAUUGUACCGAAACCUGUAUAAUUUAAAAUAUAUUGAAAUACCUAACUAAUCAAAGAAGUCAAAUAUUAUGGAAUACCGUAUGUAUUGUCUAUAGUGUGUUGUUGUAGUCUAAAAAAAAGCAUAAUGAUUUUUGUAAGAAAACGGACAAAAUGCAAAAACAGCAGGUGAAUAAACGGCCAAGUCUUGAGGCAAAGUUGCUGGAAGUGCUGAUGGUUUAGUCGACUGUUUACUUCCUGUGCUGACCGACAGUCUUUGUACGAUACUCUGAAUUCUGUCCCGACUCUGGAAGCGGAAAGCAAAAGCCUGAGCUGCACACAAAGAACUCCCUUUAUCUGCACAAGUCAUGCAUACAGAAAGAGGAAUAAAGUUUACACACAGUG